AUGGAAAAAUUUCUUUUUUAUCUGUUUUUCAUUGGCAUAGCAGUGAAAGCUCAGAUCUGUCCAAAGCGUUGUGUCUGUCAGAUUUUGUCUCCUAAUCUUGCAACCCUUUGUGCCAAGAAAGGGCUUUUGUUUGUGCCACCAAACAUUGACAGAAGAACUGUGGAACUGCGUUUGGCAGACAAUUUUGUUACAAAUAUUAAAAGGAAAGAUUUUGCCAAUAUGACCAGCUUGGUGGACCUGACUCUAUCCAGGAAUACAAUAAGUUUUAUUACACCUCAUGCUUUUGCUGACUUACGGAAUCUGAGGGCAUUGCAUUUGAAUAGCAACAGAUUGACUAAAAUUACAAAUGAUAUGUUCAGUGGGCUUUCCAAUCUCCAUCAUUUGAUACUGAACAACAAUCAGCUGACUUUAAUUUCUUCUACAGCAUUUGAUGAUGUCUUUGCCCUCGAGGAGCUGGAUCUGUCCUAUAAUAAUUUAGAAACAAUACCAUGGGAUGCUGUUGAGAAGAUGAUCAGCUUACACACCCUCAGUUUGGAUCACAAUAUGAUUGAUAACAUUCCUAAGGGAACUUUCUCCCACUUGCACAAGAUGACUCGGCUAGAUGUAACAUCAAAUAAAUUGCAGAAGCUACCACCUGACCCUCUCUUUCAGCGAGCUCAGGUCCUAGCAACCUCAGGAAUCAUAAGCCCAUCUACUUUUGCAUUAAGUUUUGGUGGAAACCCUUUGCAUUGCAACUGUGAAUUGCUGUGGUUGAGGCGUCUGUCCAGAGAAGAUGACCUGGAGACCUGUGCUUCCCCAGCGCUUUUAACUGGCCGCUAUUUUUGGUCAAUUCCUGAGGAAGAGUUUUUGUGUGAGCCUCCUCUCAUUACUCGUCAUACACAUGAGAUGAGAGUCCUGGAGGGUCAGAGGGCAACCCUGAGGUGCAAAGCCCGGGGAGACCCCGAACCUGCAAUUCACUGGAUUUCUCCUGAAGGGAAGCUUAUUUCAAAUGCAACAAGAUCUCUGGUGUAUGAUAAUGGAACACUUGACAUUCUUAUAACAACUAUUAAGGAUACAGGUGCUUUUACCUGCAUUGCUUCCAAUCCUGCUGGGGAAGCAACACAAAUGGUGGAUCUUCAUAUAAUUAAGCUCCCUCACUUACUAAACAGUACGAACCACAUCCAUGAGCCUGAUCCUGGUUCUUCAGAUAUCUCAACUUCUACUAAGUCAGGUUCUAAUGCAAGCAGUAGUAAUGGUGAUACUAAAAUCAGUCAAGAUAAAAUUGUGGUGGCAGAAGCAACAUCAUCUACGGCACUGCUUAAAUUUAAUUUUCAAAGAAAUAUCCCGGGAAUACGUAUGUUUCAGAUCCAGUACAAUGGUACUUAUGAUGACACCCUUGUUUACAGAAUGAUACCUCCUACGAGCAAAACUUUUCUUGUCAAUAACCUGGCUGCUGGAACUAUGUAUGACUUGUGUGUCUUGGCAAUAUACGAUGAUGGCAUUACUUCCCUCACUGCCACAAGAGUCGUGGGUUGCAUCCAGUUUACUACGGAAGAGGAUUAUGUGCGGUGCCAUUUCAUGCAGUCCCAGUUUUUGGGAGGCACCAUGAUUAUUAUUAUUGGUGGAAUCAUUGUAGCCUCUGUGCUGGUUUUCAUCAUCAUUCUAAUGAUCCGGUAUAAGGUUUGUAACAAUAAUGGGCAACACAAGGUCACCAAGGUCAGCAACGUCUGCUCUCAAACUAAUGGGGCUCAAUUACAAGGCUGCAGUGUGAUGCUGCCCCAGUCCAUGUCCAAACAAGCUGUGGGACACGAAGAGAAUGCCCAGUGUUUUAAAGUUGCCAAUGACAACGUGAUACAAUGUUCAGAAACUUGUUCAAGUCAGGACUCCUCUACCACUACCUCUGCUUUGCCUCCUACCUGGACUUCAAGCACUUCUGUGUCCCAAAAGCAGAAAAGAAAGACUGGCACGAAGCCAAGUACCGACCCACAGAGUGAAGCUGUCACAAAUGUUGAGUCCCAAAACACUAACAGAAAUAAUUCAACUGCCUUGCAGUUAGCUAGUCGACCUCCUGAUUCUGGCACAGAGGGACCCACAUCUAAAAGAGCACAUUCAAAGCCAAAUGCUUUGCCGACUAAUGUUGACCAGACUGUCCAGGAAACACAGAGGCCGGAGUUAAUCUGAAGAGCACCACUUCUCUCUCUCCUGAAAAAACUUGCCACUGAUAUUUUUACCAGACAAAAUUUAAAAAUGUUUCAAUUCACAAAGGCUAAUUGUUGAACUGGUGUCCUAGAAGAAAUUGUCCACAGGAGCUGAAGCAGAAAUCUCUGAUGCCGCAGAACUGGCUCUAUCAGACCAUGGUUCAUCCCCUUUUAAAACCAAAAUUUUUUUUCUUCUGACCUGCAAGUAUUUUUUUUUUAAAGAAGGAAAGAAAAAAACCUAC